GAACGAAGGCAUCCAAGAUGACAUUCUUUUUUGGACUCGAAGAAGGUGGAAGCAAAAUUUUUAGUUCGUAGUCACUGAAACCCAUAGGAAAAUAUAAAAAAAAACUUUAAAAUGUAUCAAAUGUCUAGACUCGGACCCGGUCCAGCGGGAUAUGAACUUCCACCGAUGAUUGGUUUCGACAAACAUGAUACACGCCGGGAACGGAAACCUAUGUAUUCGAUGCGAAAAAGGCCCUCCACGCGGUUCGAUACCAUUGGCCCUGGUCCGGCAAAGUACGUCCUCGACAAGAUAACUAAAGAUGGUCUCCCAAAUGUACCAAAAUAUUCAUUGGCAAUGAGGUUAAAUCCGCUCUCUAAAGAUGUUACACCCGGUCCGGGUGCACACAACAACGACAAAGCGCCAAGAAUGAACGAAAAUCGCCCCCCUGUUUACUCCUUUGGAAUACGGUUGUUGCCCCAGGCUCUCGAUCAAGUACCCGGACCAAAGUAUGCGUAUGAUUUGAACAACUACAAGACGCGCAAUCCUGCGUACACCAUGAGAUAUAAAACCGCCGUACCAUAUGCCUUGGAAGGACCCGGACCAGCUAAAUACGGCGAUUUAAAUCGGAACCUAACCCACAAGCGCAGCGCUAACUACACUAUGCGUCAAAAAUUUCCAAUUACAGGAGACAGAGGACCUUCGCCAGGCCCUAAUCAAUACGCGCUAAUGAACAUGAAACCGGGAGCAUCUGCCCCACAGUAUUCCUUCGGGGUUAGGCACUCGAUGUGGCGACCCCCUAUGAUAAUUCCAGGUGAUAAUUGCUGAUAGCGGCAGUCGUUGAUCCCGUGCGAUAGUAUCGAUUGAAUAAAAGUUUUGCACCGAG